AUGAGUGAGACAACAGAAAAAAACAGGUACUGCCUAGAGUUGACGGCGAAACUUAACGAUUUGAGAAAACAGAAAGUCCUGUGUGAUGUCACACUUUUCGCUGGUGGGGAGACAUUUCUCGCCCACCGAAAUGUGCUGGCUGUGAGCUGUCCCUAUUUUUACAAACUAUUCACUAGUGACAUGAGAGAAAAGACGUCUGAAACUGUUAACCUUGAGGCACUGGAAGUCUCUGCAAAUGUGAUUGACCUACUAUUGACUUACCUUUACACUGGCGUCAUCGAUGUCACGCAACGUAACGCCGAAGAAAUUUUAAUAUCAGCAGAUUAUUUUCUUAUCCCCGAGGCGAAGUUAAUGGCGUCAGAAGAGUUAGUAUCUAACGUUGAUGUCUCUAACUGCCUUUUUUAUCUUGAUUUUGCUGAGCGUUAUAACUGUGAAAGGCUUGCUCAAGCGAGCCGUGUAUUUCUUGACAAACAUUUUCAGGAGGUCACGCUAUCCGAGGAUUUUCUCAAACUUGGUGCUAAGGAAGUCAAAGAUAUAAUUUCAAGCGAUAAUAUUUUUGUGGAGAAAGAAGAAAUAAACAUUUUGAUAACAAGAAAUCUCUGGUAA